GUUGUUAAAAAAUGCAAAUCAUACUUUUUGUCUUGGUGUGUUCGAUUUAUUUGGUGUCAUGUGUAAUUAAUUAUUGUCCACAGUACAAUAAACCAACAGUAAGUGAUGGCGGUGAUAGAGUUAAAUCGUUUCUGGCAUUCAGUGCAAAGUUGAUAUCUAAAUUUGAGAAUAAAGCUGGCAGACUUGUCCAACUCCCUGCUGCUUUACUGGCUGAAAAUGCGGAUGUUGUAUGUCUAAAUGAGGUGUUUUUACAAAAUGAUAUAUCGACUAUAUUUAACAACGUUAAGCAUAAAUAUCCUUACGUUUACAGCUCCAUUCACGAUGGAACGACAAAUAACUUCUUAACUGCGAAUUCAUCUCCUUGUCCAUUUUUUCUAAGAAUGAAGCUUUUGGUAUGCAUGGUACAAUGCGCUGGAAUAACAGACAUUAAAGGAAUUAUAGAAUGUGACAAAGAAAAUAAAUGCAAUGCUUGGAAAAACCUGAAACAAGAAUGCAUUACUUGUGCGGGAGCUGUAGGAGCAAUACAUGUGACAUCAUGUGUUAAAAAACAGCAAGUUAAUGUUGCUGGUAAUAUGAUUCUUAGUAAAUAUCCAAUUACAAAAGCAGAAUCGACAUUCUUUGUAAGCGAUAAACAGGCCAACAGACAAGGAAAAUUAAUUGUUGAAAUUGCUGGACGUACUAUUGCUUGUACAAAAAUGCAAACCGCUUUGAGUGAUGCUUAUUAUGAACCUGAAACAAAGCAACUGUUUUCCUCAUCUUGGGCUUUAGAGAACCUCUCACAAGCUAAGUGCAUAUUGUCAAACUUUGAACAGCAAGAAAAGGUCAUACUGAUGGGCGACCUUGAGUGUGGACCGGCAAUUCCCUCUAAUAACAUAAGAAAAGACCACGAAGUUUCAUACAACAACUUGACUGUCCAGUUCGAUUCUCCAUAUGUUAGUGAUGUUGGUCAGAAAACAAGUAGGGGUGCAAAUAUUAUUACUUCACACGUGAUGCAGAAAGGUUACAACGGUCAUCAUUCUUGCUCGCGUGUUCUUGGUGGCAAAUACAAUGGAAUAGAACUUUCGAAUCAGUUCGGUGUUAAAUGUACCAUAGCAUCGUAAUGCUGCAGAUUGAUAAAAUAACGUGUCAUGUUUAAAUAAAGUGUUGAACAGCAAAC